AUGAGCUGGACAAACUGCACAGUGCCGACUGAAUUUACUCUCGUGGGACUCUCAGACGUUCCCAGCUUUCAGACUGCGCUUUUUGUGAUGUUUUUCAGCAUUUACCUUAUCACAAUUUUAGGAAACAUGACGAUUAUUUUUGUUUACAGACGCAGUUCAAACCUUCAUACUCCUAUGUACUUCUUCCUAGCCAACUUUUCCUUUCUAGAUAUGUGUUACAUUUCAACCACGGUGCCUAAUAUGCUGUCAAAUUUUCUUUCCAAGCAUAAAACGAUCUCUUAUUACGGCUGUGUCUUCCAGCUGUACUUUCUUAUGUUAUUGGGCAGUACAGAGUGCUACAUUUUGACGGCUAUGGCUUAUGAUCGAUAUAACGCUAUAUGUCACCCACUUCUAUACAUCACUAUUAUGAAUACAGUCUCUUGCACAAACUAUAUCAUUGCAUCAUGGUUUAUUGGUAUAAUAAAUGCUACAAUACACACUACACUCACUUUCACUUUGCCUUUCUGCGGUUCCAACAGGAUCAAUUAUUUCUUCUGCGAUAUCCCUCCCUUGCUUAAUUUGGCAUACGCAGACACCUGGACCAAUGAGCUCGCCACGUUUGUUAUUGGUGGCUUGGUUACCCAGGUGUCAUUUGCAUUAACCAUAAUCUCGUAUGCAAAUAUAAUCUCAACUAUGCUGAAAAUGCGGUCCAAUUCUGGACAGAAGAAAGCGUUCUCGACCUGUGUGUCUCAUUUCAUUGUGGUAGCGAUCUUCUAUGGCUCUGGCAUUUUUAUAUAUUUAAAACCCAAAUCAAAUUAUAUAAUGGAGCAAGACAAAUUGGUUGCUAUCAUGUAUACUGUUGUUGCACCUCUAUUAAACCCUUUUAUAUACACUCUCAGGAACAGUGAUAUAAAGACUGCCCUCAGACAGAUAGCUUAUAGGACAUUGGCAACUUAA